AUGGCGAGUCUUCGCACCGACUACCUCAGCCUCGACGGCGGGAGGCGUAGCCUCAAUGCGCUGUCACUGGUCGCCUUUGUCUCCUGCGCCGUCUCGAUCGCCUGCUCCAUCUAUACCAGCUCCGCAGUUGCCACACUCGCGCCGGCCAAGCCGUCGGCGCUCUACUCCGAGGACCGCGGCCGGCACGGUCGCGACUGGGAGGAGGAGUUCCGCUACAUGUAUCGGCCUAGCGGCGAGGCGGCGCCGCCGAGCAAGUUCGCGCUCCCCCUCAUCACCCCGAUGCAGAACCAAAAGCAGAGGGGCUCCUGCUGGGUCUUCUCGAUUGCCGGGGUGCUCGAGCACUCGUACCGCAAGUUCGCCGUCGAUAAUGGCUGGUUCGAUCCCGACGAGUACCUGAGACUCUCCGAGCAGGGUAUCGGGGCGGCCAUCGUCUGCAAGACUGGCGACGGGGACAGUGCGUACACGGGCAAUUCGACCGAGGGCGGCGAGCCGGAGUACAUUUCUGACACUGUGGCGCUUCCCUGGUCGGUCUGCCCGUACAACCCGAAGCACUCGAUCAACGACACGGUGUGCGCUGACGAGAAGCUGCUCGAGGCAUCACCCCUCUCGCUGCGUGUCGCGUCGCUCCACACCUACUACGAGCUGUCGGAGAUGAAGGAGGCUCUCGUGAAGCACGGACGCGCGAUGGGCUUCUCGUUCGCCUUCUUCAACCGCGCUUAUCGCCUCCCCUGCACCGGCGAGAUGCACCCGCUGCUCGGGCGCUGCGACCCGGACAAGGCGCAAUGUGUGCCGUGCCCGCUCGAGCCCAACUUCGAAAACGUCGAGUGCUGCAUGUCGCGCACGGGGUCGUCGAUGCAUGGCGAGUUCUACGGCGGCCGCACGCCGGACUCCGACUACAGCCAGGAGGGCGGCCACGCGGUGCUGCUCGUCGGCUAUAACGACAACUACGUCUCGCCAACUGGCAUGGUGGGCGGCCUGAUUGUCAAGAACUCGUGGAAGGACGGCGUUGGCGCGGGCUCGCACACGAUCGACUACCUCAUGCAGCGCCACUCGCCGAUUGCGGAGCGCAAGGUCUGCCCCAACGUCCACCUCCCCGACUCGUGGUACCCGUGCGGCUCGCUCCACGAGUGCUCCUCGGAGAAGGUCAGGAUCUCGGCCAAGGCGAUGCACAAGGUCCUCCGCCUCGAGUGCAACAACGGCUUUGGCUUCGCGGGCGAGGGCAAAGAAAAGAUCUGUGACGACGGCGACGAGUACUUCUUCAAGAAUGUGACCAAGUUUGGCGGCGGACUAUCCGUCUCGUGUUUCAUCGCCGCGCGCGACGGCGCCGACCUCUGCCUCCCGCCCAUGUGGUACGAGGACCUCACUCUGCUCUUCUCGCCUUGCGGCUUCUACUUCUUCCCGUACGAGUCCUUCCGCUCGAUCGCCGCGACGCAAGACACGCCGUGGGCCACCGAUCUCGACGUGCACUGGGACCUGGGCUCCUUUGCAAACGCACCGCGCCACUACCGCCGCCACGGCAAGGAUUACUCCCUCCUCGAGAAGGACACGCUCAGGCAGCGGCGUGACGACUUUGCGGGCCCCUUCCCGCGCCUCGUGCGCCCGCUCUAA